AUGGUGCGCAAGCUCAAGCACCACGAGCAGAAGCUCCUGCGCAAGGUCGACUUUGUCAACUACCCAUCAGAUGCCACACAUCGUGCCUCUGCCGUCAUCAGACGAUAUUCGCUGGGCAAUCCGGCCGACUACGCCUCCUACAACCGCUUAGCGGGCAACUUGAGACAUCUGGCGCACCGUUUGGCACUACUACCGCCAGAGUCAGCCUUCAGACGAAAGCACGAAGAUGUGCUGUUAGAGAAGUUGCACGAUAUGGGCUUACUCGGUGUGGGCGGCGAGGGCAAGGGCAAGCUUAGCGAUGUGGAAAGGAAGAUCACCGUAUCUGCUUUCUGCAGAAGACGUUUGGGUGUUGUUAUGACGCGACUUCGUAUGGCAGAGACUGUCAGCACUGCGAACAAAUUCAUCGAGCAGGGUCAUGUAAGGGUAGGCACGGAGGUGGUCACGGAUCCCGCCUUCUUAGUGACGAGGAACAUGGAAGACUUCGUUACGUGGGUGGAUUCAUCCAAGAUCAAGCGCGCCAUUAUGAAGUACCGUGACAAGCUUGACGACUUCGAUCUGCUAUGA